AUGAGCGCAGACGCCUGCGAGCUCCUUUUCUCACCACCCUUCGAUUGGAUCCACGCUGACUUCGAGACCGAUGACAGGCCAAACAGCGCGACGCCCCAGGGUCCCUCACAUGCGUCACCCGCCCAGGGUCCGGGACCAGUACUCCCUCCACCAUCUGGUGGCGGCUACUACUCGUCAAACGCCGCGACAGCCCACAACCAGAACCUCCCCACACUUCCCGGCCUGACGGCGCAACCUCAGCACUCGUCGCCCCACAUGUCCGCCCAGCGACCGCCAUCGUCCGACGCGGGCGCGCAAGCUCACCAAGGCCCGCAAGCCCCUCCGUACUCGUUGCCGGGCAUCUCGCAAACCCUACAACAGCAGCAGCAGCAGCACAUGCCGACUUCGGAGCAAGCCAACGCCGACAGAGAGCGCGAGAUGCGCGAUCGCGAAAACAGAGACAGAGAGAUGGAGUCGCAUGCCAUGCACCAGCAAGAGGACAUCGUCAAGCGCGAGGCGGAGCAGCGAGACCGCGACCUGCACGAGCGACAGCAGCGCGAGCACGCUGCGCACCAGAACCACUCAGGGCCGAUCCAAAUACACCAGCCAGUGGCAGUCGCACCCUCGACGCGAACCAUCCACGGUCCCAACGGUCUGCUCGGCCAAUCUGGACCCAUGAACGGGCCAAACCCACUUGCGCCACCCAUGGGUGGCCCCAACUCAGGCCCCAUGUAUGGAAAUGCGCCCGCACAGCAUGAGCAGACUACACCGCGCAUGCAACACGCCGUACAGGCACCUACCCAGGCCCAGAUGUUGAUGCCUUUUGCUGGCCCUCCAGGAUCAAUGGCUAUGGGCCAGGGACAGCAGCCCAUCCUCAACGACGCCCUGAGCUAUCUCGACCAGGUCAAAGUCCAGUUCGCCGACCACCCCGACGUGUACAACCGGUUCCUCGACAUCAUGAAGGAUUUCAAGAGCGGUGCUAUCGACACCCCAGGCGUCAUCGAGAGGGUCUCGACUCUGUUUGCGGGCAAUCCGGCCUUGAUACAGGGGUUUAACACAUUUCUGCCACCCGGCUACAAGAUCGAGUGUGGCACCAACGGCGACCCAAACGCUAUCAGAGUCACCACGCCCAUGGGAACCAUGGUAUCGACUAUGCCCGCUCCAAGGCCGCUUUCACCGCCACGCAGCGGUGCUGUCAAUGGCAACAACGGCCCGCAACACGAGAGCACAUACUACGAGACUACCCAAGGACGCCCAUGGCCUCAACAGCAGAGAGCUCAAGGCCCUGAAGGUCAAGAAUCGAUGUUUUCACCCAACAACCGUACUCUCGGAGGGCCAUUGUACGGUCCCCAAGGACAGCAGGGCCCAGCGCCUCAUUCGCCAGAGGUCACAUCGCGUCCUCAUCCUGACCCUGCUGGAGCUGCAGCGCUAGCUCACCAGCAAGAGCAGAGAGGUGUUUCGCAGUUACAGAACGCGGUAUCUGCAGCUACUGGCCGCUCAAUGAUGUCACCCAGCGUCGAUCCGGGUGCCUCGUUACAAGGACAGGCAAUGAACGGUGCUGCUCAGCUUCCACAGAUGGGCGGAGCUGCAGCAGAGAAGAGAGGACCGGUUGAGUUCAACCAUGCGAUUAGCUACGUGAACAAGAUCAAGAACCGAUUCGCAGCUCACCCAGACAUUUACAAAAACUUCCUGGAGAUACUACAGACGUACCAGAGAGAGUCGAAACCCAUUCAGGACGUAUACGCCCAAGUCACUCACCUGUUUGGUGGCGCGCCAGAUCUCCUGGAGGAUUUCAAGCAGUUCCUUCCGGAGUCCGCUGCUCAACACAGAGCGCAACAGCAGGCCGCCAAGAACGCGGCUGAAGACGCAGUCAUGCUCAGCAAUGUUCGAGGUGAAUCAGGAUACGGAGCCGCUGCAAACCAACAAACGCCCGGACGCGCCGAUACAUCUCGAUUGCCUCCGAUGGGCAACUUCGCACCUACACCUACAGCGAACCGCGACAACAAGAGGAAGCGCGAACGACAAGGCCCUGUAGCUGCGCCGAUGCCCGCGCCCAUGUCGCAAGAAAUGCCAACCUCGAACGUUCGAGGUGGAUACAACCAGGGCAAUGUCAACAAGCGCGCAAAGACCGGACAUGGCGCAAAGCAGGCAAUUCCCGAUGGCCCGCCAGUAUCACCUACCCUCACUCCUGCGCUGCCUGAGCCAAUGCCACCGACGACGACCACCACACCCAGCCAGGAUGAGCUUGCUUUCUUUGACCGCGUCAAGAAGUUCAUUGGAAACAAGAACACGAUGAACGAGUUCUUGAAGCUCUGCAACCUCUACUCGCAAGAUUUAAUUGACAAGCAGCUGCUACUGUCUCGCGCCGGAUCUUUCAUCGGCGGAAAUCAGGAACUCUAUGCUUGGUUCAAGAAGUUCAUGGGCGAGGACGAAGAGCAGCAAAAGUACCGCCCUAAGACUGUCAACUCGCGUGUCUCAUUAUCGAACUGCCGAAGUCUUGGUCCUAGCUAUCGCUUGCUCCCAAGGCGCGAACGAGAACGCGUGUGUAGUGGACGCGACGAGCUCUGCAGAUCUGUUCUGAACGACGAGUGGGCAUCUCACCCGACCUGGGCCUCCGAGGAUUCUGGUUUCGUUGCCCAUCGCAAGAACACUUUCGAGGAGGGCUUGCACAGAAUCGAGGAAGAGCGCCAUGACUAUGACUUCAACAUCGAGGCCUGCAGCCGCACGAUCCAACAGUUGGAGCCUAUCGCCAACCAGCUGCUCACAAUGAAGCCAGAGGACAGGCAGGGAUUCACAUUGCCACCUGGACUUGGUGGACAGAGUGAGACGAUCUACAAACGUGUCAUUAUGAAGAUCUACGGCCGUGACAGGGGAAAGGACGUGAUCAAAGAACUGUUCCAAAUGCCCUGGAGCGUCGUUCCCGUACUUCUCCACCGCUUGAAGACCAAACUCGAGGAUUGGAAGGCCGCCCAGCGUGAAUGGGAGAAGGUCUGGCGCGAUCAGACCCAAAAGAUCUUCUGGAAAUCGCUGGAUCACCAGAGCAUCACCGUCAAGCAGGCCGACAAGCGGCAGUUCCAGCCCAAGUCCCUCACGAACGAGAUCCAGGUCAGAUACGAGGAGCAGAAGCGCCUCCAGCAGAUUCAAGAGAUAUCGCAGCCGGACUACCAGUUUGCCUUUUCCUUCGGGGAUGAAGAGGUACUCUUCGACGUUGCUCGAUUGAUGCUCACAUUUGCGGACAACAACAACAACAGUGCCGACUUUGCAAAGGUCGUACCCUUUAUCAAGGAAUUCGUUCCUCUCUUCUUUGGCAUCGAUUCUGCCAAGUUCGAGCAGCGGGUACAAACCUCGCCACGCGAUACGCCAAAUGAUUCUGGCGAGGACACGCCCUCUCCGGACGAUGAUGUUUCCCAACGCUCGCAGAAAAUGAAGAAGGGGGACCUCCGUCGCAAUGUUCUCGACCCCAACAACAAGUCACGAAAGGACAAGGAAGACAGUGUUGCGUCGGCGAGCCGUGACAGUACUCCGGAUGCAUCCGCUAUGGACGAGGAGGCUGCUGGUGACAGCUCAAACUCCAAUCCUCGCGCAGAUCGGCCAGAGAGGCAAUGGGUAGAAUAUACCGAUGCUCCCACGCCUUUCGGCGACAGAGAGUUCGAACACGAAGAACCCUACCAACGUGUAGAGUACAACAUGUACUCCAACGCUUCAAUCUACUGCUUCUUCCGCAUGUUCGUCAUGCUCUACGAGAGGCUGUUGAAGCUCAAGGAUAGCGAAGAGGAGGUUCGAGAAGUCAUCGCGCGCGCCAAGGAGCCAAAGGCAGCGCAGAAGCUCAAGAUGCUCGACAAGCAGCCAGACGACUUCUUCAAGGACACAUCACCAUCAGCAAACUACUACCAACAGCUUCUCGAAAUGUUCCAGGAUCAAAUCUCUGGCGAAGUCGAGAUGAACUUUAUCGAGGAGACUUUACGAAGGUACUAUUUGCAGAUUGGGUGGCAGUUGUACUCGUUCGACAGGCUCCUGAGCUCGCUCGUUCGCUUCGCACUUGCUGUUGUUAGCCAUGAUAACAAGGAUAAGAGCCUUGAUAUCUACAACCUGUUCAGGAAGGACCGCGUCAACGAUACCACAACUCACAAGAACGAGAUUAGCUAUCGCAAGGCUGUGGAGAAGCUCGCCAAGGACGCUGACACCUACCGCAUCACCUACAACCCCGCCAAGAUGUGGGCGCACGUGCGUCUUUUCAAGAAGGACGACCCGACCUUUGAUUUCACCACGCUCGACCGGAUCAAGCGCUGGCGAGCAUACGUCGCCUCGUACAUGGCCGUGGAACCCACCGAAGAAGUCGACCUCUCCCGUGUCAACUACCCAUACCUCAAGAAGCGUCUCGCUCGAGCCGAAGAUCUCACCGAGGAAGAACGCUUCGACCACGUCAAGCACAGCGACAAGAUCACCGUGUCCAUCAGCCCCGCCGCUUACAUCAUGACCUUCAUCAACAGCGAACCUUUCGGCACAGGUGGCGUUCAAUACUUCCUGCAACCAGACGCCGUGCGCGCGGGUCUCAGCGAGGCCGUCCCCAACCCAGCUGAAGAGUACAAGAAGCUCAACGACGAGCGAAGAGAGAGGGUCCAAGACAUUCUCGUCAGGAACAACACCUGGAUGAAGGAUCUUAGCCGGGAUGAUGUAGACGCGAAGAAGGCGGCGUUCAAGAAGGAUCUUGAAGAGCCCAGGAAGGUGGCUGAUAAUGAAGAUGUGGACAUGGACGGCGCAGAUGGUCUUGACUAG